AUGAACCGGGGCGCGUCAUCAGCACCGGCACCCGCACUGAGCAUGAACGCGCCAGACAACGGCACUUUGUAUGCCGACGGCAAUAUGAACCACGAACGUCGCCGCAACAUCGCUCCGGACGAGGUGUGUCUGUCAGGCACAACGUUGCACACGCCACCGCCGACGGCGAGCAACUCAAUAGACGCGGUGCGUGUCGCGGUGCACGCGUCGAGCGAACCUCGGUACGUCAAGCCUGACCGCUUGAGUCUCGCCUCCGAGGGCGCUAGUGCAGCUUCUACAAGGCAGCUUCCCCCCCUGGCCGGACUGCUGGCCACUGCGAAGGGCCCCGCGACAACGCGAGCGAACACCGCUAUAUCACGGAGCGCACGGAUUCCACUCGGGUGCAGCCCAGCCACGUCCCCAGCAGCGUCGACGCCAACGUCGACGCCAACGUCGCAUCUAACACUGCCCGAUGCACCCGCCCCCAAUGCGUGGUUGUCGCCCCCACGCGCCCCGCACCCGACCGUAGCACGGCAGCCGCUCACACACACGCCACCAGCGCCGGCCAACGCGGCGGCGCCGGCGUCUGUGCGAGACAUGAAGGGUAUGCAGAACGCCUUUAAGAAGUUCAACGCUCGGGUGCUGGAGGAGAAUGCGAAAGAGAAGACCCACAGCAGCCGCCGUAGCAACUGCGCCGCCUCGCAGGAGCCGUCCAUGGUCAUGCUACCUGUUGCCCACCCCACAUGGUCAGCGCCCUCUGAGUCACCGCCAAAGUCCAACCCGCUCCAGGCCUCACCCAGCAAAGCCAAACAUAAAAGCGGCAGCAGCAGCGGCAGCAGCAGCAGCAGCAGCAGCGGGAGCCACUCACCCCCAUCAGCACCUGCCAACUCUUCAGAGAACGGCAGCGCUCGUCACACGGAGGCCUCGCCGCACCUCUUAGCUCAAGAUCCGCAAUGCGGGCUGCCGCGCACCGUGCAGCCGGAGCAGCAGCAGCUCAGGCCGGCCCGUUCCUUGCCGGCGGUAGCGUCGCAGAGCCAGAUAGCGUCGUCCUCAACCUCGCCGUCGGACGACAGGAGCACGCCGCCCAUCAUCGCCACGCCGCGACCGGCCAAUAUAGUGGUUGGCAAACCGAAGAUCGUAGCGGUCAAGCUACCACCGUCUCCACGCACCUCGUCGCCGGCUAUGCCGAGCCUCCCAGACCGUUACGCACAAGGCAGCGGCGCAGGCGCCCAGAAAAACGUACGGUCCGCUGUGGGGAGGCCACAGAUAGGGCUGACGCCUUCGCUAUCUCCGUCGCUGGCGGUGGACCCAGUGUACUCGGCCGUUGAGAUACAAGAGAGCUCAUCGGUGUCGACGGGCUCAUCUGGUGGUCGCUGUGGCCUGGUGAACGACAGCAAGCGCCUCCAUAGCAGCAGCAGCAACAGUUGGCAAACGACAGCCGACAAAGUCACCGUCAACGAUACGUCCAGCUUCAGCAGCGCCGCGGCCUCGCACCCGGUGCGCCAGCCGACGCUACCCGGACUGCGCAAGAGCCAGAUCAUGAAUGAGCUCGGCAACGUCAACGCGGAAGCCCCUGCUCGGGUGGCAAACGUCAAGCCGUCGCAGAAUCACGACGCAUCGAGCGGAUGCCCGCCAGGGUCGCCAAGCCGCUCCGGCGAUCGCCACGACGGAGGGCCGCAUCGUCAGUCACACGCCAGCACCAGCGGAGCUGGCGACCACUCCCCACCCACUGCGCUGCGUGUCUUCAGCUUCACCGACGAGCGGCCCGGAAACAGCAGCCCGAGCGGCGCGGCGGCCACCACUGCCGCCGCAGCUGCGAAGCCAGUGAAACCCAUCAACAACGGUCCUGCUGCGGGGCAAAGCUCACCCGGUACGGCCCCGAUGAAGACCUCAUCGUUGAAUGAUGACAGUAGUCGUCGUGGCUCGGCGCAGUGCCCGGACUCUGCGCUGAACCACAACGGUCGCUACUCACCGGCGCGUGUCAACUCGAGCGCAACGACGGCCGCCGGACGUAAUGCGAAUGGGCAGCACCGAUCCUCCGUAGACAGCGCGAUCCUGGGCAGCGACGCGGAGACAGCUGCGCUCAACUCGUACCUGAAGGAGGAGGACUUGAACCUGUCCAUGUCCACGUUCAGCAGCAUCGGCUCGAUUCUCGCCCAGUCACUGACGCUCCGUGUGCUGAACCUGAAAGGUAGCACCAUCCCCAGCGAGGGGCUGCGCGGGCUGGCCGAUAUUCCGACGCUCAAGUUGAUCUGUGUAUCGCACAUGCGCUGCUUGACAACGCUGGCGCCACUCGUGACGCCGACAGUGCGGUCGAACGGGCGGCCCUGCGGGAUCGAGGAGAUCGACGCGCAGUUUUCACCUCUGGAAAACGAAGGUGUUUGGGGUUUGGAGAAGCUGCUGCGGCUGCGUCGACUUGACUUGGGCAUGACCCCGAUCAGCGAUGUGACGUGCCUCGCCGCCAGCCACUCUCUCAAUGACCUCUACCUCAACGGCACACGCGUGGACAGCCAAGGCCUCGCCGGGCUGGAGCGGGUGUCGACUCUGACGCUGCUGAACGUUGCGCGUACCAAGGUGACGUCGCUGACACAAAUUGCCAAAUCGCGCUCCAUCCAGACACUCAUCGCGUACAGCUGCCACAUCACGGACGACGGCCUCCUUGGCGUCAGCGAGAUGCCGCGACUCAGCACACUCGAUGUGAGCACCACGAAAGUCACAAACUUGUCCGUGCUGCAGAAGAGUCACUCUCUCAAGUGGCUGCGCGCGCAGUGGCUCAGCCUCAAAAAUUGCCACGACAUCAUACAGCAGCGGCGGGCGCAGAUGGACGGCGUAACGCCUGACAGCUCCGUGGCUUGGUGCGACACCGAGGCGGGCUUUUCGGGACUCGCCAGUAUUCCGACGCUCGAGUCGAUCGACAUGUCCUUCAACACAAUCCGCAGCUUUCACUCGCUCUGCCACAGCAAGUCGCUCAAGCACCUUAUUUUGCGCCGCACGCGCGUCGACAACAGCGGCAUCGGCAGCAUCGCUCAGCUCGCCGGGACCCUCGAGACGCUCGUCAUCACGAAUCUAACUGACAUCCUCGACGGCAGCGACGAGGAGGACGCCAACAGCCCGUCGAACGCGGCGAGCGGGCUGCUCGGCAUCGUUGGGGACAUCCUUACGCUGCGCCGCCUCACCUCCCUCGACCUCUCCUUCACGGAUGUCUAUGAUCUGCGUCUCCUGCAGGAGCUGCGAGCGCUCCGCGAGCUCAUUAUCGUCGAGACACUCGUCACGGUCGACGGUCUGCGCGGUAUCGAGAAGAUCCCUACGCUGGAGACGGUGGACAUCUCUCAGACAAGCAUCAUAUCGCUACAGUUUCUUGUCGGCGGCGCCACGUCCCUCAAGAAGAUCCUUGUCAAGUCAAACCGCAACGCUCGCGGCUUCAACCUCGGCCGCAUCGAUCAGUUGCUCGCGCUGCAGCACCUCGACAUCAGCGACACUGUCGUGGAGGACAUCGGGUCACUGCUGCAAUCAAAGUGGCGACUCCAGACGCUCGUCUGGCGGUGGAAGGAGCGGCGCGACAGCAAGGGGCCAGCCCCGGCGCUAGAGUGCUGUGUGACAUCUCCAUGCCUGACGGGCGUGAACACAAUGCCGUGCUUGACGACGCUUGACCUGACGAACAGUUCCGUCCAAGAUCUCGCCUUUCUUGAACGAUCCACGUCGCUCACGACGCUGUACCUCAGGUGCUGCCGGCUUCUGCGCAACAGCACCAUUAAAUCCCUGGGCACGUUACCAGCACUCGAAGUGCUCGAGCUGAGCGACAACCGCCAUAUCUCAGACCUGACGUGCCUGCGCACCUGCCGUCGUCUGCGAGAGUUGCGCCUCAACCACACAUACGUCACGAAGGUGGGGCUGAAGGGAGUGGCCAACCUGCCGGAGCUGAAGGUGCUGGGCAUCACCAAUACGCGCGCCGAGGACGACGUCAAGGACGAGGACGUCAACGGCGCGGUGGAACGCAGCCGCCUGUUCGAAGACUCGAACGUGCGCGAGGGGAGCACGCUGCUGGACAGCUCUGUGGCCCCGGCCCAGUUUCGUGUGCCCAGACGGCGUCGUGUCUCCUUCAUCGCCAACGAUGGCGGCGAAGGCCUUUCACACAAAACGGACCAACGCGAGUAG